AUGUUCGACUCGUCUUUCUCCUACUCCUCCGAGCAACCUCUCUCCAGAGGGGCUUCCGACGCGAUUGCGCUCAGGCUAAUGCACGAUAUGGAUGUCAUCAUGCACCUGAACCCAGACUGCAAGGGGAUCAAACUCGUGUCGGACCCAUCAGCAAUCCCGCAAGAAUACAAGGUCGAAGACAGUCUAGCAUUCGUGCCCAAGAAGCUCUGGAGCGGAGGUGUAUGGUACACGGCAUUCUUCAAGCCUGUCGAGGACGGCUGCGACAUCACAAUUCAGGCACCCGGUGGCUUUACUUCGACCAACAAGUGGCGCUUGGUCAGGAAGCCAGAUGGAACACGAGUUAUCUCGAUUACAAGCGAUGCGAAGUGCAGCAAAACAUUCGCGUACUUUGUCAAGAAGUUCUUGGAGACUCAACAUGGUCAACUACAACGUACCUUCAAUGAGCGCGUCGAAGCAGUCGCAAGACCUGGGAUUCCACGCCGCAGGUCAUCGAUGCCUAGAUCUUUCAGAACGAUGGGUAGCGCUCGAGACAUGGUGGCCGCCUAA